CAUGGCCUACGUGGGCAGUGGGUCAGCUGUCGCGUGGCGAUGCUGCUACAAGAGACUGCCUCCAUUCCAUAAUGUAGUGCACACACUUUUUGAGAUUUAAGUUUGAUCAUAAGUAGAUCAAUAUAAUACAUAAAUCAAGUUACCGAAAAAUUAUACCAUUGGAAACUUUUUUUUUUUGAAACAGAGGCAAAAGACUUGCCUCAUUCAUUAAUAAAGGAGGAGAGUUUUAGAGUACAAAUUAGUGGCUCCACAACAUAGCCCGUCCGUCAAUAAAAGGAAAAUAACAACUACUCUCUUGGCAUGAUAAUGCUCAGGUGCCUAGCUCCUGCCCUGACCCAAAGUUUGGCUUCAUCUUGGAUUAGUUCUAGAAUGUAGAAAGCAGUGGGAUGGAAAGCAGCUCAUGAUUCGGUGGUUAACCAAAAUUAUACCAUUGAAAACUUUUUUUGAAUACGAAUUCAAUGAUUCGGUGGGUUAACCAGCUCAUGCUCCCAGAUGGAAAGCAGUGGGAUGUGCUGCUAAUUAAUCAAAUUUUUCACCGGUUCGAUGCGGAGGAAAUUUGUAAACUGAGAAUACCAGUAAAUGUGGUGGAGGAUACUAUUGCUUGGCAUUAUGAGAAAACUGGCCGGUUUACUCAAGAGUGCUUACAAGCUUGCGGACUUGAUAAAGAGAGAGAUCAUUGCGGCUGCUUCAUCUUCCGAAGCCGAGGCUAGGGACAGAAGCAUAUGGGAUAUCAUUUGGAAAGCAAAGAUACCAGAGAAAAUCAAGAUCUUCGGCUGGCGCGUUGCGACCCAGUCACUAGCCACAAAGCAUAAUGCUUGUAAGAGGACUAUCACCAUUGAUGGUGUAUGUAACCUGUGUGGAUGUGAAGAAGAGGAUGAAUUCCAUGCAUGCACUAGAAGCAUAGCUCUAAGAUUUGCUAUGAGGGCAGUUUGGGAUCUCCCAAAAGAAGUAGAAUUCAGAUUCUCUUAAGAGGAUUGGCUGCAAAUCCCGUUGAGCUGGCAAAAUGAGACCACAAGGAGAAGAAUUCUACUCCUGUUCUGGCAGUGUUGAAACCUGAGAAAUAAUGCCAUUCAUGGAGAUGGAAAAGAUACGGUUCAAGGAUCUGCAAUGUUCCUGACCAAUAUGAUGAGGAUGUCACUAUUGCACAGCGUCCAGCAGGAAUAAACAACGAGAAAAAUGUCUGUCAAGUUAGCCACCCAGCGGCAUUUGUACCACAGGAGAGCAAUUGACUGGCCCUGAGGUAGGAUGGGUGAAACUGAAUACUGAUGCAUCCUACUUGGACUUCUCAGGCGACAGUUGGGGGAGGCGCAGUGGCUAGGGACUCCUGCGGCUGGGUGCUCUUGUCUGCAUGCUUGUCCACUGGCAAGUGCAGCUCCCCUACUGAGUCGGAAGCAGCUGCCGUGCUGGGUGGCCUAUUGGAACUGGCCAAGAUUUUCAGAGGGAAAGUGAUUAUUGAAACUGACAGCUCGUUUGUGGGAUAGUUUCUGAAAAACACCAGGAUGAACCAUUCAGUUUGUUAUCCAUUGGUGGCGGAUAUUAGUCACACCCUGCGACUCUUCCGGAACCAUAAAAUCAGAGUUAUCAUCCGGAAGAGCUACUGUCUUGCGCACGAGUUUGCAGCGUUGUCCAGAACUUCUGGGAGUCAAGUUUUGAUAGCUAGAGUUCCGGGCAACCUUGUCCGCCUGAUGCAGUUUGACUGUAAUCAAACCAGGGAGUAACUUACUCCUUGGAUCUAAAAAAAAGAAAAAGAAAAAACAAUACGAAUUCAAUGGUAUCAUUUUUAUGAUACAUACUUUGCGUUUCAUUGGUUAAAUUUUUGGUCAAACCUAAAUCUCAAAAGCACGCACGCAUUACAUUGUGGAAUGGAGGGAGUAGAAAAGUGGAGAUCCAGAUGACUCGCAACGACAAGAUAGACGUCCCUGCCUCGGCAAGGAGGUGUUUGCAACGCGAGCUGAACAUGGAUGUUGCAAUUGCAAAUGUGGGGCAGCUCCUUUGUCGAUGCUGGUUAGCGAAGCAGCAGUCUUUUUUUCUGUUUGAACAACGAAGCAGCAGUCUUGACUCUUGAGUUGACGUGUGUGGUACCCGCGGUCGUGCGGCUAUUUUUGUGAUGCAUCUGCUCUGUUGGGUUCCGCCUGCUGGGUUGCUUCGAGGCAACGAGCUGCUGUGUGCUCAUGUUCGGCCUAGUUAGGCGCCCUCGGUCGGCGUAACCACGGCUGCCGAGCUGCGAGACAGGCAUACCGGAAGGGAAGGCGAGCUGGAACCAUCUAGGCCGUGUCCUUCUUUCGGACACGUGCGGCUAAUCCCCGACGUGCCACAUUGGGCACGUGUGUUCUUGCUGUGGCCUGGUCGAAAGACAUGACGCAUGCACGUGCCCCACGCCUCACACGGCUUGGGUUCUCGCCUGUCCGGUGCUCGACGGACCAGUACAUAUACGCGAGCGCUCCUGGCCACCUCGGUUCAUCACACUUCACUGCAGUCCAAGGCCUCGGCUCUCGAGAUACCCCUCACUGCGGCUUCUGCUAGUGAAAAGAGAGAUUCUCAGCGCCCCUCCUGAAAGAGAGAUAGAAAGAAGAAGACGAUGGCAACAAUGGUGAGGGGCGCCAGGAUGCCUGCUGCUGCACGGUCGUCGGCGUCGGGGAGGAACAAGAAGCUCCGGAAGCCGUACACGAUCACGAGGCCGCGGGAGAGGUGGACCGACGAGGAGCACCAACGGUUCGUCCACGCCCUGCACAUAUUCGGCCGUGACUGGAAGAGCAUCGAGGCCUUGGUGGCGACCAAGACGAGCGUGCAGAUCCGCAGCCACGCGCAGAAGCACUUUCUCAAGGCCCAGAAGCUCGGCCUCGGGUCGUGCCUGCCGCCGCCGCUUCACCCUCGCCGCGCCGCGGCCCUCCGCCAGCAGCCGCCGGCCCACCCUGACGCCGACAUGCUGGCGCCGAGCAUGGACUGGGCAUGCGCCGCGCCUGGAUCCCGCUGGCCGGACCUCGAUGCGCCGGGCGCCGGAGAGUGUCCGUCCGCCGAUGCCCUGGCCCUGCACCUGCAGGACGAAACCGUUCAGCUCCCACUGUCUCCCCACGACCCGCGCUUCGCUCUGGUCUACCGGUUCGUCGGCGACGUCUUCGCCGCCGACGCAGCUGUCCCGGUCGAUGCGCAACUCCAGAGGCUUCAGCUGCAGGGCGUCGACCCCGUCGUCGUGGACACGGUGAGCACUUCACAUGCACAUUGCCAUAUUCUAUCAUCACCUCGCUGGCCCAAUGUGUCCCAUCUCCUCUAACUUAUCCUUUCUCGUGCCUAAU